AUGUCAGUAUCUCACUCAAAUCACUCCGAGCUAAACAAGAAUGAGCAUGUGGAGGAACAUGACCAUGAUCUAGAAAAAUCAGCAGAGGAUAGUGAGCAUAAAGAGGAAGAAGCCACUGACACGAAUACAAGUGAAACUAAUGAAACCAAAGAAGAAGAUAGUGAAAAAGAUCGGGUAAAGGAAAGUGGCGUUGAGGGUGAAGAAAGUAAGGAACAGGAAUUAGAAAAGGAAGACAAGGAUGUUAAAGAGAACAAUGACAAGGAAAAUGAAAGUGAAGACAAGGGAACUGAGGGAAAGGUUGAUGCAAGAACUGAUGUGAAAGAAGAGAAGGCACAAAGCAAACAGAGUGGAAGUGAAGAGAAGGGAACUGAUUUGAAAGAAGAGAAGGCACAAAGCAAAGAGAGUGGAAGUGAAGAAACUUCUGAGAAUAGAAGCGAAGAAGUUGCUGAAAAUGAAAGCGAAAAGAAGUUGGUGGAGUUGGGAGGAAAGUAA